ACAAGGCCGCUGGCGAAGACUACGGCGACGUCAAAACCCCCGGCGAGCUCGAGGGCGGUGCCCUCCGCGCCGGUGGCGCGCCCGACUACAUGAGCCGCGAAGUCAUUGGUCUCCUCGCGCAGUACGUGGCUGUCGGUUUUGUUUACGGCACGCUGCCGUCGCUUCUGUAUCCCGUCAUCACGGGCUACUACCACAUGACCGGUGCGCAGUACAAUUCGGCUAAGACGCUUCUUGGCAUUGGCUGGUCGCUCAAGGCCUUCAUCGGCAUGAUCUCGGACUGCUUGCCUAUCAAGGGCUACCGCCGCAAGUCGUGGAUGAUGAUCGGCUGGACGUGCUGCCUCUGCUUCCUCCUCGUCAUCACCUUUAUCGACAAGGACCGCCCGUACUACAGCGAUCACAGUGUCUCCAAGAUCCCGGCGUUUGAGCGCUCGGACGCGCAGAACGCGACGGUCAACUACAACGCCAAGGACAAGGGCGGUGUGAUGGCCAUUCUCUUUGGCCUCGCGACGAUCUCGUACCUCUUUGCCGAUGUCCCGGCGGACGCUUUGGUCGUCGAGUACGCCCAGCGUGAGCCGAUCGCGACGCGUGGCCGUAUGCAGUCGCUUGUUUACGCCACGCGCACCGUCUGCACCACCGUAGUUGGCGGGUUGGUGGGCUUUUGCAUGAACUCGCCUCGUUUCGCCGGCUCGUACACGUGGGACUUUGGCCUCAACACGAUGUACAUCAUCCUUUGCGUGCCGUGUAUCGCGAUGCUUCCGAUCACGUACUUCUUUAUCAAGGACCACAAGCACCAAGCCGCACCGUUUUCCGAGUACCUCGCGCAGGUGUGGCAGCUCGUCCAGAAGCGCGCCAUGUGGCAGAUCAUGCUCUUCAACUUCUUCUACAACCUCUUUGGCGGCGGCUUUUCGUCGACGGCCGCGCCGUACGUGCAGCUCUACUGGGCCAAGGUCGAGAAUCUCAACAGCCAGCUUAUGAGCAUCGUCUCCAACCUUAUUUUUGCGGCGAUCAUCACGGCCAUCGGCAAGUGGGGCACCAACUGGAACUGGCGCAUCGUCAUCGUCUCGACUACCUUGUCUACGAUCGCGAUCGACAUGAUAGUGCAGUUCUGCACGUUUUACAACGUCGUUCGCAACCAGUGGUUCUACCUCGGGGUGCCCAUCGUCGAGAUGCUGCCGCAGGGCGUCCUCUUCAUCGUCACGACGUUCGUCAUUGUCGAGCUCGCUGAAGUCGGCAACGAAGGUAUCGUGUACGGUCUCCUCACGACGGUCUCGAACCUCCCGUCGGCUGUCGGCCCGGUGCUGGCCAACCAAAUCUACCGCAACUUUGACGUCGACGAAGACUCGAUCCUCUCGGACACCAAGCACGUGCGCAACCAAGUCACGUACACGUACCUCAUCUACUAUUCGGGCUUCCUCAUCGCCUGCUGCACGGCGGUCUUCCUCCCAAAGCAAAAGCUCCAGCUCCACGAGCUCCAGCGCAACGGCGGCAGCUACCCGGUCGUCGGUGGUGCGCAUCCUCUCCAUGUUUGA